AUCGCGAGCUCCGUGUUGUAAUGAGAUCUGCUAAGAUUCGCCAACGUCAUGAGUCAUACGCACUCCGAGUCAUUUUCGGGCAGACUGAAGUGCGCGGUAAAAGAAGAGGGACACAAACAAAAACAUGUGGCUUCCUCUGUGAGAAUAUGGGGUCGCUGUGAGAUGAUGAUGUGGAUUGACCUGACUUCUUUGUAAUAUUCGUACAGCAAAAGAGAAGACAUUGAUUUGAGUUUUGACUGGAAGCGGAUAUCGCCAUGGGUCUGCACUCAGCACAGAAGAAGUACUUUCCUCUCAGGGGCAUAGACGGUGUGGUUCAGCUGUUCGAUGCUGAGCUCCGCAGGUCCGAGCCAGACCUAGCUCUUCUCUCGCUGGUACUGGGCUUUGUUGAGCACUUUCUGGCUGUGAACAGGGUCAUACCCAUAAAUGUUCCAGGGGUCCGGUUUGAGCCGUUGGAGCCAGACUGUCCCACAUCUUGCUUCCCCACUGUGGAGCUGGGAAUGAUUUCUGCACUGUACGAACGCUUUACAGCUCAGAUCCGCGGGGCGGUGGACCUUUCCCAGUUUCGUAGAACUACUGGUGGGUCCAGCAGAGAGCUGGUGAAGAAAGUGUCUGAUGUUAUCUGGAACAGCCUCAGUCGAUCUUAUUUCAAGGACCGGGCUCACAUCCAGUCCCUGUUCAGCCUCAUCACAGGUACUAAACUGGACAGCUCAGGAGUGGCUUUUGCUGUGGUGGCGGCCUGUCAGGUUCUGGGCCUGAAGGACGUCCACCUGGCGCUCUCAGAGGACCAUGCCUGGGUCAUAUUUGGGAAAAAUGGUGAGGAGACGGCAGAGGUCACCUGGCAUGGGAAGGGAAACGAGGACCGCAGAGGUCAGACAGUCGCAGCUGGAGUCAAUGAGAAGAGCUGGCUGUACCUGAAGGGGUCCUACAUGAAGUGUGACAGAAACAUGGAGGUGGCCUUCAUGGUCUGUGCCAUCAAUCCUUCUCUUGAUUUGCACACUGACAGCUCAGAGCUCCUGCAGCUACAACAGAAACUUCUUUGGUUGCUGUAUGAUCGAGGUGACCUGGACAGAUAUCCUAUGGCAAUGGGGACUCUAGCUGACCUUGAGGAUCAAGAUCCAAUACCAGAUAAGGAGAGCCCCCUGCAAAUUCAUCUCAAGGCUGUUGGUUCUGCUCAGAAGUUCUACAACAAUGAGCACAUCUACCCCUACAUGUAUCUGGCUGGUUUCCACUACAGACACAGGAAUGUGCAGGAUGCUCUGAAGGCCUGGGCUAAGGCAGCGCAGGUCAUGCAAGACUAUAACUAUUUCCGUGAGGAUGAGGAGAUCUACAAGGAGUUCUUCGACAUUGCAAAUGAUGUUAUCCCCACUCUGCUGAAGGAGACGGCUACUGCUGAGAGUCCUGGGGAGGAUGGAGAUGGGGGGGAAGGGGCUGACAAGGAGAACGCCAAGCAGGGGACAGCUGUCUCUGCACUCCAGGACCCAGAAUGCUUUGCUCACCUGCUUCGUUUUUAUGAUGGCAUCUGUAAGUGGGAGGAGGGAAGUCCCACUCCAGUUCUUCAUGUGGGCUGGGCCACAUACCUGGUCCAGUCUCUGAGCCGCUUUGAUGCUCAGGUUCGUCAGAAAGUGUCGAUCAUCACCAAAGAACCUGAGUGCCAGGAUGAUGACGACCAGUCGAGUGAGGAUCUUCGGGAGGGCCGCAGGCGGGGCCCAAGGAGGGAGUCCAAGCUGGAUGAUCAGAGCCUAUCUCCUCCUACUGCUCCCACCUCACCACCCACCCAGCAACCAGCAGCAGCUCAGCCCAAGAAGGUGGGAGAUGGAGCUGUCCGCCGUCGCUCCUCCCAGUGUCUGCGGGCUGGAGAAAUGGAAGGAACACCCAAGUCCCCCAGCUCAGACUCUGUCUCCUCUCUUUUAUCCCAGCAGCUGGCAUCGCCCUGCCCGGCCGGCCCUGUGGUCAUCUUUCAGAGUGAGAAGAUGAAGGGGAUGAAGGAGCUGCUGUGUGCAGCCAAGGUGAACUCCAGCGCCAUCAAACUGCAGCUAACUGCCCAGUCCCAGGUCCAGAUGAAGAGGCAGAAGAGCACCCCUGCAGGGGAUUAUUCUAUGUCCUUCAUGAAGCGCCAGCGCAAGUCACUGUAGACAUGCUGAUUGUUCAGGAGAGUGUAAGGAAUACUGUGAAAAACCAGAGAGACACUUGUUUUUGUUUUCAUGUAGUUACCAUCUCAGUUUACAUUCUUUGUUCUGAGCAAUACAUUUGACUUGCACAGAUGAUAAGGUAAACAUCAAAUAUCAAAAGAAGUGAACAUUUUAUUUUGUUUUAAUUUAAGAAGUGAAGGUAGGAAAGGUGGCUGAUUUGAUAGCUUUUAAGCAGUCACUCAUUAGUUUGUAUUUUAACUGACAGCCAGCUGCGCACUUGUGGAACUUCUCAUUGAUUUGUAUGUAGAAGCCAAAGUGACGGAGAACAUCAAUGUCAAAAACUCACUCAAAGAAGAACACGUAAAUGACUGAAGUCUUGGAAGUGAUUAAUUUAGGAUAGUUACUGUGUAACAUUGUCCACUCAGCUCUACUGACAGCUUCUUUCUUGCUAGCUCUAUGUUGCCUUACUUUGUGUUGGUUUUUAAGUAGGUGGCCUUUAGUUUGAACGCCUGAGUUCAGUCUGAUUACUUUCAUUUGAGAAGCUUGGAGAGACCAUGCACUGUUUUGAUGGAGCCCCACUGGGUUACCCUGCCACAUCGAUUUGCUUGAUGACUUGUGGUUCUUUUUCUUGUAUCUGCAAGUAAUAAAGGCCUAAUAAAAAACAA